AUGUAUCUAGUGUGUAUCAUCAGAAAACAUGCUUCGUUUAACAGUAUUGGUUAUUGCGUUAACUGCCGUGUUGGCCGACAAGGAUGAUAUGAAAAAAUGUAUGAGGCUGCUUCAUCAGGGGUCUAUGCGUUGCUGUAAAAAGGAAAUACCGAUGCCGAAAAUAGACAGAGAGGAGCUAAAAGAAUGCUUCAAGAUUCCACACUCUCCCCAUUCUUGCGAGCCGGACAUUUGUAUCGGAAAGAAGCGCGGGUACGCCUCUGAUGACGGUACAGUCGACAUGGACGCAUUUGAGAAGGCAGUAACGGAAGAUUUUAGUAGUUCUCCUACAUUGAUGGAAGCUAUCAAAGAAAAAUGUGUCAAAGGGGACGUCAGCAAAUACGGACCGCCUGAUGCAUGCCAGCUGGCCAAACUAAAGUUGUGCUUGCAUAAUACAAUGAUUCUAGACUGCAAAGAAUGGAGUGACGAUGGCCCGUGUGCUGGCAUUAAGGGCCUAGUCAUGGAAUGCGCUAAAGAAUGAGAAAUAAACAACUGACUACCAUUAUAGUAUUUUACUCGUCAAACUGAACAGUUUCUGCAAACAGUAUGCUACUUAUUUUAAUAAAUAUUUUUCUUGCU